UGCUCGCCGAUGCAGUCCGGCCAGUCUGCCAACGGCUGUGCGGCGUUGUGCGCGUGUCGCCCGUUCUGUGCCUCCUCCCCGCACACCUCUACUCGCAGUCGCACGACGCUCGCCGCGCUUCGACCACGGAUAUACUUGUGAAACUUGAAACAAAUUAGUGUUAAUGUGGUGAUCUGAGUGCUGUGAGCCACCUGGUUUGGCCCAAAGUGCAGUGUAUUUGAAGUGCAACCGGUUCACCUCGUGUGCGAGGCCGGUACUUGGAGUGCUAACAGUGUCUGUGUAAGCCGCACAGUGCUUUCUAAACGAGUCCCGACACACCGGCCCGGGUGUGCGUUUUGUGCGUACAUUCAGCGCACACUGGAAUUCUCAUAAAAAACUUUAAGACGACCGGGGAUGUGCCAGGCACCGUGCGCAGUCGCGUGACCCGAGCAGCGCGCGCGCUGCGCCCCGCCUCACGCGCACACACAUACUUUAUGAGGGAGGCGGCGCAUGGUGCAGCAGGAUGCGUGGCGUGCGGGGCGUGCGCGCGUGGCUGGCGCUGGCGGCGCUGUGGGGGCUCGUGUGGCGCGCCAGCGGCGGCCCCGGCCCGCCCGCCGAGCUGCGCUUCUCCAGCGCGCUCUACAACCUCUCCAUCCCUGAGAACAGCCCGCCGCGCACCUACGCGCUGCAGCCGCCCGCCGCCGACCCGCUCGGCGUGCGCUUGCCGGCGCCAGACGCUCGCGUACGAUUCCGCAUCCGCCACGGGGACAAGGACAAAUUCUUCAAGGCGGAGGAACGAACCGUUGGUGACUUUUGUUUUCUAUCAAUAAGAACGCGCGCCGGCCAUGCGGACGUGCUGAAUCGCGAGCGCCGCGACUUAUAUCGACUCGACGUGCGUGCUACCGCGCAGCUAGUUAACGGACGUCAGCUCGAAGCCGACGCUGUGCUGGUUGUGUCCAUUGCCGACGAGAACGACCUGAGCCCGUUGUUUUAUCCCACCGAAUAUGAAGCUGUGGUGCCAGAAGACACCCCUUUACACUCUAGCAUUGCUCGUGUUACCGCCGAGGAUGCUGACCUCGGCCUUAACGGGGAGAUCUACUAUAGCUUAGCGGAACCUACAGAUCGCUUUGCUAUUCAUCCGACCACUGGCGUCAUCACCAUCACUCGACCCUUAUCAGCAACCGAAAGCACACGGCAUACGUUUGCUGUCCUAGCUCGCGAUCGCGCGUCGCUGCUAGCACGAGGCGAGGGAGCCCCAGCCGCCCGCGCCACGGUCUCAGUACGGGUAAAACGCGUCAAUCUCCAUGCACCAGUGCUUCAUGUAAGACGUAUGCCGGAACUCGUAGAAAAUUCCACAGCUGAAAUCUAUGCAAUCAUAGAAGUGACCGACGAAGACGCUGGAGAACACGGGCGCAUAGCCAGCCUUGAAAUUGUAGACGGAGACCCCGACGGACACUUCCGCGUGCGGCCAUCGGCACAGGCCGGCGAGUACGACGUGUUGGUACACGCGCUGCUGGACCGCGAGAGCGCGCCCGCCGGCUACAACCUGACGCUGCGCGCGCAGGACGCGGGCCGUCCGCCGCGCGCCUCGUACCUCACGCUGCCGGUGACGCUGGUCGACGCCAACGACAACGCGCCCGUGUUCAGCCGAGAGGUGUAUGAGGCGAGUAUUCCGGAAACCGUGCCCCCGAACACACCCGUCAUCAGACUUAAAGUAAGCGAUCGCGACGAAGGAAGAAAUGCUAGAGUUUAUAUUGAAGUUGUAGGUGGUAACGAAGGCGAAGAAUUUUAUGUAAAUCCGGACACGGGUGUAUUAUACACAGCCGUAUCGCUCGAUGCUGAAGAGAAAGCCCUUUACACUUUGACAGUGUCAGCUAUAGAUCAAGGAAACGCCGGUACGCGUAAACAGUCUUCAGCCAAAGUUAAGAUAACGAUACUCGACUCGAACGACAACGAUCCUAUUUUUGAAAGAGAAGUGACCGAGGUAACCGUUCAAGAGAACGGUCCUAGCGGCGCCGUAGUCGCUCGGGUUGUUGCUCGGGACGCGGAUUCUGGAGAUAACGCAUAUAUUUCCUACAGCAUUGCCAAUUUGCAACCAGUACCAUUCGACGUCGAUCACUUUUCGGGCGCUGUGCGCACAACGCGUCUGUUAGAUUAUGAAAGUAUGCGCCGCGAGUACACCCUGCGAAUACGAGCCAGUGACUGGGGAGUGCCGUAUCGCAGACAAGCCGAAAUGCGACUCGUAGUGCGCCUCGAGGACGUCAACGACAACCGACCGCAGUUCGAGCGCGUAGAUUGUGUAGGCUACCUACCACGGAAGCUCGUCAUCGGCUCCGAAAUCGUGACACUUUCUGCGAUUGACUUUGAUGCGGGUGACGUAGUAUCCUACCGCAUCAUUGGUGGCAACGAGGACAAUUGUUUCGCUCUCGACGCAGGCACAGGUGUUAUGAGUCUCUCCUGUGACUUGAGCGACGUACGCGCCGAUUCCAGACUUCUCAACGUCACGGCAACAGACGGCACACAUUUUGCUGACGCCACAUCACUGACGCUGCACCUGGUGAGCAGCGGAGGCACUGGCUCAGAGCCAAGCUCUUUGGAGUGCCGCGACACGGGCGUGGCUCGUCGCCUCACCGAGCUGCUGGCGGCAGCCGAACGCAGCAAUGCACCGCAAGACCUCUCUGACGAAUUUUCUUUAGCACCUUCUCGAUACGGAGAGAACCUUCAUGCUCCGGAAUUCCUUGACUUUCCCGUUGAAGUAAAAGUGAAUGAAUCAGUUGCACUCGGCACGUCUCUAGUAAAGCUACGUGCGCGUGACCGUGACUUAGGCUACAACGGAUUACUGGUAUAUGGGAUUUCCGGAGGCGACGCUGAUUCAGCGUUUCGUAUCGAUCCAGACACCGGGGAGCUUCAAGUCAUCGGGUACUUGGAUCGCGAACGGGAGAGUGAAUAUUAUCUGAACAUUACAGUGUACGAUCUGGGAACGCCUCAGCAUUCCGUAUCGCGUCUAUUGCCCGUCACUAUUCUGGACGUCAACGACAACACACCGCGCUUCGAAAAGACUCUGGCAAGCUUUCGCGUAACCGAGAACGCGUUAAACGGUACGGCCAUAUUCCGCGCGAACGCCACCGACCGCGACGCCGGCGACUUUGCGCACAUCACGUACAGCGUGAGCGGCGCGGGCGACGGCGAAUUCUGCGUGGAGCGCGACACCGGCGUGCUGCGCGUGUGCGCGGCGCUGGACCGCGAGCGGCGCGCGCUGUACGAGCUGUCGCUGCGCGCCACGGACGGCGGGGGCCUUCACGCUGAGGCGCUCGUGCGCGUCGCAGUGGACGACGUCAACGACAACGCGCCCCGCUUCGCGCUGCCCACGUACGGGGCGCGUGCGCGCGAGGACGUGCCCGUGGGCACGCUGGUGGCCGUCGUGGAAGCGUUCGACCCCGACCUGGGUGCGGGCGGCACCGUGACUUACUCCUUGCCCGACCAAGCUGCUGAGGAUGUAGUUUUCACCAUCGACGCUACUUCUGGCACUUUACGUACUGCUAAAUUGUUAGACUUCGAAGAAAGACAGGUAUAUGGAGUGACAGUGCGUGCCACCGACGGCGGUCAACCGGCGCUGUGGUCUGAGGCGACAGUCAUCGUCGAGGUGGUGGACGUGGACGAGAACGCGCACGCGCCGCAGUUCAGCGACCACGCCGUGCUGGCGGGCAGCGUGCGCGAGGACGCGGAGCGCGGCGCCGUCGUGCUCACGGCGGCCGCCGGCGACGCCGACCCGCCCGGCCGCGACUCGCGCCUCGCCUACUACAUCGUGGCCGGCUCCGGCAUGGCGCACUUCUCCGUCGACGACGCCGGCGUCAUUCGCACGUUGACUCCGCUGGACCGGGAGUCCGUUCCUCACUACUGGCUGACUCUGUGCGCCCAGGACCACGGACUGGUGCCGCGACAUUCGUGCGUACAGGUGUACAUCGAGGUGGAGGACGUGAACGACAUGGUGCCGUGGCCGGAGCAGGCCGCGUACUGGGCCGCGCUGGCCGAGCACUGCGCCGCCGGCACGCGCGUGGCCGCGGUGCGCGCCAGCGACGCCGACGCCUCGCCCAGCCCCGCCAACAUCACCUACUCCAUCGUCGCCGGCAACCCCGACGGAUUAUUUUCAAUAGACGAACAUACCGGUGAGAUCGUGACGACGGGGCGCACGCUGGACCGCGAGGCGGGCGCCAGCCACGCGCUGGAGGUGCAGGCGUCGGACGGCACGCUGGCCAGCACGGCGCGCCUCGCCGUGCGCCUGCUGGACGUCAACGACCACGCGCCCGCCUUCGCGCAGCGCUUCUACGACAUCCGCGUGCCCGCGCCGCUCGCGCCGCCCGCGCCGCCCGCGCCGCGCCUCGACGCUCUGCCGCAGGGUGACGAGGCCGACGGUGUCGAAGCGGUACCUAUCGCCGACGAAAGCAGCACCGAGUGGGAGGCCGAAGACGACGAAGAAGGUUCAGGAGUGCGCGCGCCCUGGGACUAUUACGACGACCCCGCACCCGUCGGCCACUACGUCGCCACGGUGGUGGCCUUCGACGCGGACGAAGGCGCCAACGGCACCGUGCGCUACUGGGCGCGGGCGCGGGGCGCGGCGCGCGGCCUGCUGCGCGUGCAGGGCGCCACGGGGCGCCUGCUGCUGGCGCCGCGCCUGGCGCUGGCGCCCGGCGACUCGUACGACGUGACGCUGCGCGCGUGCGACGGGGCGGCGCGCCCCCGCUGCAGCGUGGCGCGCGCCGUGGUUCGCGGCGUGGAGCGGGGCGGGGGCGCGGCGCCCACGCUGGCCGCGCCCCCGCCGCUGCAGGUGGCGGAACUGGACGCGCCCGGCUUUCUGCUCGCCGUGCUGCAAGCCACGGAUCCCGACGGCGAUGCUUUGUAUUACAGUAUAAUAGAUGGUGACCCGCGACAAGAAUUUUACAUCGGCAGAGAAGACGGAAGUCUAGUGUUGGCUCGACGUCUGCUCUGGGAGCGCCAGCCGCAGUACUGUCUCAACGUGUCCGUCACCGACGGCGCGCACGUCGUGUACGCUCCGGUCAAUAUAACCGUCAUCAACGACGCUAACGAAGGGGGCGUAUCGUUCACGCAAGACGAGUACAUCGUGGAGACUUCGGAAACCACGCGCGUGGGCGAGGCGCUGGUAGCCCUGCGCGCCACCGGCGCCGGCCGCCUGCUGUACGGCGUGCACGCGGCGCGCGCGCCCGCCUCCGCGCGCCUGUUCCGCCUGCACGAGCUCAGCGGCGUGCUCGAGCUCGCGCACCCGCUCGACAGGGAGAGCGCCGCCGUGCACGAGCUCACGGUGUGGGCGCGCGACCAGGCGCCGCGCGCCUCGCGGGCCUACGCGCGCGUCACCGUGCGCGUGCACGACGCGGACGAGCACGCGCCCGAGUGGGGGCGGCGCCUGGCCGAGGCGCGGCUGGCGCGCGGCGCGCCGGCCGGGGCGCUGGUGGCCGCGCUGCGCGCCGCCGACCGCGACGCGGGCGACGCGGCGCGCGUGGUGUACUCGCUGGCGGGCGGCGACGCGGCCGGCCUGUUCGCGGUGGACGCGGCGCUGGGCGACGUGCGGCUGGCGCGGGCGCUGCCGGCGGCGGGCCCGCGCGACUACACGCUGGCCGUGCGCGCCGCCAACCCGCCGCCGGGCGCGCGCUGGGCCACGCUGCCGCUGCACGUGGUGGUGGUGGAGCCGGACGACGCGCCGCCGCGGUUCGUGUCGCCGGACGUGGCGUGCGAGGUGUACGAGAACGAGCCGGCCGGCACGGCGCUGGCGGCGCUGGAGGUGCGCAGUGCGAGCGCGCCGUGGUUCUCGCUGGAGGGGGGCGAGGGCCUGUUCCGGCUGAACCCGGCCGCCGGACUGCUCGCCACGGCCGCGCCGCUCGACUAUGAGACCAAGAAUUUUUACAAUUUGACGGUGACAGCGAUCAACAUGGGCGGCGGCAGUGCCGUGGCGCGCGUGGCGGUGCACGUGCUGGACCGGAACGAGUUCCCGCCCAGCCUGCGGCGCGCGCACUACCGCGGCCGCGUGUCCGAGGCCGCGGCGCCCGGCGCGCUCGUGGCCGCCGCCGCCGACGCCGCCGCGCCGCUCGUGCUGCUCACGGACGACGCCGACUCGCCCGCCAACCGCCAGCGCGCCUACGAGAUCCUGCAGCCGGCCGCCGCCGCGCAGUUCCGCGUCGACCCCACCACGGGCGCGCUGCACCUGCUGGCGCGCCUCGACUACGAGCGCGCGCACACGCACGAGUUCAGCGUCAGGGUCAUCGACAUGGGUAAUCCUCGGCUUCCGUCGGGUAGCGUCGCGAAAGUGGUGGUGGAAGUGACGGACGUGAACGACUGCCCGCCCGAGUUCUCGCAGGCGGAGUACUCGGCCACGGUGCUGCUGCCCACGUCGGACGGCGUGGCCGUGGCGCGGCUGGCGGCGCGCGACCCCGACCUGGCGCCCGGCGCGCGCCUCAAGUACGACGUCAUCGAGGGCGACCCGGACGCCGUGUUCGCGCUGUCGGACGCGGGCGAGCUGCGCGUGGCGCGCGCGGCCGGCCUGCAGGCGGCGCACCGCCUGCGCGUGCGCGUGUCGGACGGCCUGUACUCCGCCACGGCGCGCGUCGACAUCCGCGUGGCCGAGGCCGACAACUCGGGCCUGGCCUUCCAGAAGGCCGACUACUACGGCUCCGUCGUGGAGAACUCCACCAAGCCGACCACGGUGGCCGUGCUCAACGUGCUCGGGGCGGCGCUCAACGAACAUAUUGAGUUCCGGAUACUGAACCCCGUUGACGGAUUUGAGGUGGGCCCCACGUCGGGCGCGGUCCGCACGACGGGGCGCGCGCUGGACCGCGAGCUGCGCGACCUGUACACGCUGCUGGUGGAGGCGCGCUCGGCGCCGCCCGCGCAGCGCGUGGCGCGCGCCCGGCUGCACGUGGCCGUCAGCGACGUCAACGACAACUGCCCCGUGUUCGUGGAGCGGCCCUACGCCGCCGCCGUGCUGGCCGGCGCGCCGCCCGGCACGCCCGUGCUGCGCGUGCGCGCCGUGGACCUGGACGCCAACGACAACGGCGAGGUGCGCUACGAGAUGAAGCGCGGCCACGGCGAGCUGUUCCGCGUCGACCGCCGCAGCGGCCAGAUCUCGCUCAAGCAGACGCUGGACGCGCACAGCCAGCUGUACUGGCUCGACAUCGCGGCCUUCGACGGCGGCGUGCCGGCGUGCGGCGCCGAGGCGCGCGUGGCCGUGCGCGUGUGGGCGGGCGGCGCCGCGCCCAGCUGGCCGCGCGCUCACUUCGCGCUGUCCGCGCGCGAGGACGUGGCGCCCGGGGCGCCGCUGGGCGCCGCGCUGCAGGCCGUGUCCCCGCUGGGGCGCCAGCUCAUCUACACGCUGCACGAGGACGCCGCCGGCCUCUUCGAGAUCCACUUCGACACAGCCCCCGACAGAGGCAAUAGUCCAUGCGUGCUGACGGCGCGCGCGGCCCUGGACUACGAGGCGGCGCGCAGCCACGACCUCGUCGUGCGCGCCACGGACGGCGUCACUGGCGCCUUCGCAGACGCCGCGCUGACGCUGCGCGUGCUCGACGUCAACGACUGCGCGCCCGAGUUCCCGCGCGACGUGUACCGCGCCACCGUGUCCGAGGCGGCGCCGCGCGGCGAGCUCGUACUCACGCUGCACGCGCGCGACAACGACACUGGUGAAAACGGACAAGUGACAUAUUCACUAUCCGAAAUGGAUGCGGCCGCCGAGGGCGCCUUCACCAUCGACCCCGCGACGGGCGCGGUCCGGGUGGCGGCGCCGCUGGACCGCGAGACGAGGGCGCACUACCACCUGCUGGUCACGGCCGCGGACGCCGGCCGCCCGCCGCUCGUCACCACGGCGCACCUGUUCAUCUCCCUGGACGACGUGAACGACAGCCCGCCCAGCGUGGAGCGCGGCGUGGUGCCGGCGCUGGUGUCGGCCGAGGCGGCGCGCGGCACGGAGCUGGCGCGCGUGGCGGCCUGGGACCCGGACGAGCGCGACGCCGCGCGCCUCACCUUCGCGCUGGAGGGCGCGGCGUCGCAGCGCGCCUUCGCCGUGGACGCGCGCACCGGCGUGGUGUCGCUGGCGGCGGGGCGCGGCUGGGCGGCGGGCGCGGGGGGCGCGGGGGGCGCGGGCGGCGCGCUGCGCUCGCUGAACGUGUCGGUGUCGGACGGCGCGCACGCGGCGUUCGCGCGCGUGAAGCUGUCGCUGGCGCCGGCCAACCGCGGCCCGCCGCACUUCCCGCACGUCGUGCACGAGGCUCGCGCACUCGAGAACCAACCGCCGCCGCUACUUUUGACUACAGUAAAAGCAUACGACGACGAUCCCGGAGAAUACGGCACCGUGACAUAUUCGAUCCCGUCGGCUCGGCUGCGAGAGACGUUCGCGAUAGACGCCAGCAGCGGCGCGCUCAGCACGCGCGUGGCGCUCGACCGCGAGGCGCGCGCCGACUGGGAGGUGCCCGUCACCGCCAGCGACGGCGGCGGGCUCGUGCGCCACACCGUGGUGCGCGUGCGCGUGGCCGACGUCAACGACAACGCGCCCGAGUUCCCGCUGCGCGAGUACCGCGCCGCCGUGCGCUGCGACCGCGCGCCGCGCCUGCCCUUCCUCACGCUGGCGGCGCGCGACGCCGACGCGGGCGAGCACGCGCGCCUGCACUACUCCGUGUACGAGGGCGACGCCCGCGCCGACACCGCCGGCCUCUUCGCCGUGGACGCGCACACCGGCGCGCUCUCCUUCGCGCGCGACGCCACGCCCUUCGCGUCCCGCAGCGUGCAGGUGUGGGUGCGCGCGCGCGACGGCGGCGGGCUGGCGGGCGAGGCGCCGGUGUCGGUGUUCGUGCUGGGCCCCAACGACGAGGCGCCGCGCGUGCUGGCGCCCCCGGCCGACCUGUUCCUGCGCGAGGACGCGGCGCCCGGCACGCUGGUGGCGGAGCUGCGGGCGCCCGAGCCUGGCGCCCCGGCGCCGCGCUACCGGUUGGCGCCCGCGCUGUGGCCGCGGGACCUGUUCGCCAUCGACGAGUCGGGGCGCCUGGUGCUGGCCGGCCAGCUGGACCGGGAGACUGCGCCCGAACAUAUCAUAGGUAUCAUCGCGGAGGGGUCCGGCAGUCCAGCGCCCGCCGUCAUGGUGCAGACACGCCUGCACGUGCUCGACGUCAAUGAACACGCGCCGUCGUUCCAUUCGCAGCCCUACGUCGUCCAUAUCGCAGAGAACACUCCUCCACACACCAGUAUCGUGCAACUGAUGGCGGACGAUCCGGACGCCGGGACGAACGGCGAGGUUCGUUACUCGCUCGCCAACGAGGGCGAGGACGGCGACGUCGCCGACGGCGCGCUGUUCGCCGUGGACCCGUACACCGGCUGGGUGAGCACGCUGGCGCCGCUGGACCGCGAGGCGCGGCCCGAGCACCGCCUGGCGCUGCUGGCGGCCGACGCCGGCUCCCCGCGCCGCGUGGCGCGCGGCACGCUGGUGCUGCGCCUGCUGGACUACAACGACUGCCCGCCCGCCUUCGCCGCGCCCGCCCACGCCGCCGCCGUGCGCGAGGACGCGGCGCCCGGCACCGUGGUGCUGCGCCUGGCCGUGGACGACGCGGACGCGGCCGGCGCGCCGCUGGCCUUCUUCGUGGCCGGCGGCGACCCGCGCGCCCGCUUCCAGCUGCGCGCGUCGGGCGAGCUGUACGUGGCGCGCGGCCUGGACCGCGAGCUGGAGCCGCGCUACGACCUGCGCGUGGCCGCCACCGACGGCAAGUUCACGGCGCACACGCGCGUGCACAUCGACGUCAUCGACGUUAACGACAAUCCACCGUACUGUCUACGUCAUCGGUACUACGCUCGCUUACCUGAAGACGCAGCGAACGGCACUCGAGUGAUGACUUUGGAGACCGGCGACGCCGACGAACCGAGUGACGCCCGGCUACGCUACUACCUCACAGGGGAAGCGGCCCACCACUUCCUCAUCGACAAGGAGUCGGGCGAGGUGCGCGUGGCGGCGCGCCUGGACCGCGAGCAGCGCGCCGAGUACCAGCUGCGCGCGCAUGCGCAGGACCGCGAGCGGCCCGACUGGGAGUGCAGCUCCGAGCUGCGCGUGGCGCUCGACGACGUCAACGACAACGCGCCGCGCUUCUCCACGCCCACCUACAGCGUCACGCUGCCGGAGGACGCCGACAUCGGGACUCUCGUGGCCAAGGUGCACGCGACCGACGCUGACCUCGGUGAAAAUCGUCUAGUGCGCUAUUCUUUCGUGGAAGAAACGAGCGAGGUAUUCGAGCUGGCGGCCGACAGCGGCAUCGUGACGCUGCGCGCGGCGCUGGACCGCGAGACGCAGGCCGAGCACCGCGUACUGGUGCGCGCGCAGGACGCCGGCCGCCCGCCGCGCUCCGCCACGGCCACGCUGCGCCUCACCGUGGCCGACGUCAACGACAACCCGCCCGAGUUCGAGUUCCACCAGUACCGCGCCACCGUGCCCGAGCUGGACGCGCCCGGCACCGAGGUGCUGCGCGUGCGCGCCACGUCGCGCGACGCCGGCGUCAACGCGGACGUGUACUACUCGCUCGUGGGCGGCGACGACCGCGACGACUUCGCCGUGGACCGCGCGUCCGGCGUGCUCAGCGUGGCGCGGCCGCUGGACUACGAGCGCCGCCAGCACUACCUGCUCACGGUGCAGGCCGUGGACGGCGGCACGCCCCCGCUCAGCGACCUGGCCACGCUCAACAUCACGGUGGCGGACGGCAACGACAACGCGCCGCAGUUCUCGCAGGCGCAGUACGGCGCGCGCGUGCGCGAGGACGCCGCCGUGGGCGCGCGCGUGCUGCAGGUGGUGGCCGACGACGCCGACGCGGGCGCCAACGCGCGCGUGUCGUACUCCAUCGCGCGCGGCGACCGCGACGCGCGGUUCUCCAUCGACGCCGACACGGGCUACGUGUCGCUGGCGGCGCCGCUGGACCGCGAGACGGCGCCCGCGUACGUGCUGGAGGUCCACGCGCGGGACCACGGCCUGCCCGCGCUCGAGGCCACGGCGCUGGUCAACAUCGAAGUGGUCGAUGCGAACGACAACCCGCCCCUGUUCGCACAAUCCAACUACAGUGCCGUGGUGCAGGAAGACCGGCCGCUGGGACACACGAUCUUAAAAUUCGUCGUAGAAGACGCCGAUGCACCCCCGAAUGCGGCUCCUUAUACUUUUGAUUUUCAAUCCGGCAACGAAAUGGGAGCUUUCCGUCUUGAACAAGAUGGAUACUUGCGAUCAGCGACACGCUUCAAUCACCGCAUUAAAGACAGAUAUGUGUUACAAAUCCGCGUGUUUGACAACGGCACGCCACCUCUUUAUUCUGACGCGUGGGUGUACAUCAGGGUCAUAGAAGAAUCGCAGUACCCGCCUGUGGUGACGCCGCUCGAGGUCGUCGUCAACUCUUACUUGGACGAGUUCCCAGGUGGUAUUAUUGGAAGAGUAUACGCUUCAGAUCGAGACGUUUACGAUACUCUCACAUACGCAAUCGCUCCAGUCGACGGCGCACCUUAUCCUCCGACAGAUCUGUUCGAAAUCGAUCCGUCGGACGGCACAUUGAAGGCGGCGCCCCGGCUCGACGUGGGAGAAUAUAGACUCAACGUUACCGUCGACGAUGGGAAAUUCCUCGGUUACGCUAUCGUCAAAGUUACCGUCAUAUUGAUUUCGGACGAGAUGCUCGCGCAGGCGAUCGUCGUUCGUUUCCGCGAAGUGACCGAUCGAGACUUCAUUCUGAGCCAUCGCAAAGGCUUCAUCCGGGCGGUCGCCGAGGCGACCGACUGCGAGCCCGGCGACGUCGUCAUAGUGAGCGUGCAGCCGUCCGGCGACGCGGCGGACGACGCCGGGCGCGCGCGCCGCCAGGUGGCGCAGGACCUCGACGUGGCCUUCGCCGUGCGCGCCGCCGCCGCCUUCCUGCCGGCCGACGCGCUGCGCCGCCGCCUGCACGCGCACCUGGAGCGCCUGGAGGAGCGGCGCCUCGUCGUGGAGGAGCUGCUGCGCGCCGCCUGCGGGGGCUGCGUGCACGGCGCCUGCGCCGAGCGCGUGGAGCUGCGCGCCGCGCCGCGCGCCACCGCCGCCGAGGUGUUCGCGCUCGUGGCGCCGCCGCACCGCCUCGUGGCGCGCUGCGCCUGCGCGCCCGGCUACGGCGGCGAGCGCUGCGACCGCGCGCCGCCCGCCUGCGGGGACUGCCGCGGCGUGGCGGCGCUGCAGGGCGACGGCUACCUGCAGUACCGGCUGGAGCGCGGCGCGCUGCAGGGCGCGCGGCUGCCGGACGACGAGCUGGCGCUGUCGCUGCGGUUCCGCACGCGGCGCGAGCGCGGCACGCUACUGUACGCGGCGGGGCGCGUGGACUACGCGGCGCUGGAGGUGGCGGAGGGCUACCUGCAGUUCCGCAUGGAGCUGGGCGCGGGGCCGGCGGCGGUGCGCGCGGCCGUGCCGGUGGCGGACGGGCUGUGGCACGAGGCGCGCCUGGAGCGGCGCGGCGCCAGCAUGCGGCUGACGGUGGACCGGCGCAGCGCGCUGGCCGAGACGCCGGCGCCGGCCGCCGUGCUGGACGUGCGCCCCGACCGCCUCUUGCUGGGCGCCGAGCUCACCAGACACGCCCACGCUUUCGCAGCGGAACAAGUGACGUACGGGUUCCACGGCUGUAUAUCGGACGUGAAGCUGGGCGGCGCGCUGCUGCCGCUGGAGGAGGGCGAGAGCUCCAGCGACGGGCGCGCGCAGCUCGUGCGCCGCGUGCGCGUGCGCGUCGGCGCCGUCUGCCCCGCGCUAGCGCCGCCCACGCCGUGCGCCUCCUACCCCUGCCUCAACGGCGGCACCUGCCGGGACCUGGCCGACCUGCUGGAGGCCGCCGAGCCCGACGAGGGCUACGCCUGCACGUGCCACGCGCGCUUCUCGGGCCGCCGCUGCGAGCUGGACGGCGACCCGUGCGCCUCGCAGCCGUGCCUGCACGGCGGCUCGUGCGCGGCCGAGCCCGGCGGCGGCUACCGCUGCCUGUGCGCGGCCGGGCUGGGCGGCGCGCGCUGCGAGCGGGGCCGCUGGUGCGCCGCCGGGGUAUGCGCGCACGGCGGGGCCUGCGAGGAGGGCGACUGGGGCCCGUCGUGUCGCUGCCGCGGGUACUACGGCCCGCGCUGCCAGUACGACGUGGACGAGUGCGCGGGCGAGCCCUGCCUCAACGGCGCCACCUGCGUCAACGAGCCCGGCUCCUUCCGCUGCCUCUGUCCUCCCGAUAAAACCGGCAUGAACUGCGGCAACCCGCUGUACUCGGACGCCGUGGUGGCGGGCGGCGCGGGCACGGGCCCGGCGCACGCGCUGGGCGCCGCGUGGCGCUGGGCGCUGCAGGCGCGCUGGCCGCUGGGCGCCGGCGCCGCGCUGCUGCUGCUGCUGGCGGCGCUGGCGGCGCUGCCGCUGCUGCUGCGGCGGCGCGCGCGGCCGGCGGCGCCGCUGGCGUGCGGGGGCGACAAGCUGGCGCCGCGCUCCAAGCUGUCCAACCUGGAGGCGGUGCGGCGCGAGCGGCCCGCGUCGUGCGCGGAGCCGCCCCCGCUCAACAACGUGGACACGCUGCGCAGCUACGGCUCGGCCGGCGACGAGCUGGAGGGCAUCCCGCCCGACUACCGCCGCAACCUCAACAUCGACGUCGGCGACCGCAAGCCCUGGUCCGAACAGAUGCACCUCCACACCUUCGUCGACAACAAGAUAUAUAACGAUCUCAAAGGAUGCAAGAGCAGGAUACGCGCGCGAUCCCCGGGCUGCGUGCGGCGCGUCGUGGGCGCCGGCGGGGGCGGGGGCGGGGGCGGGGGCGCGGUAGGCGCCGCGCCCGAGCCGCACCUGCUGGGCGGCUACCACUGGGACUGCUCGGACUGGUGCGGCGGCGGGGGCGCGCUGCCCGGCAUCAGCGAGGUGGCGGGCUCCGAGCGCCCCGACUCGUCGUCGGCCGCGUCCCCCGCCUCGCCCGCCGCGUCCCCCGCGCCCCGCCGCCGCGCGCGCCGCCCGCGCCCCGACACCGACUCGGCGCCCGACGACAUGGACGCGCCGCGCCUCACCGACGCUUCUUCCUAUCUACUACACACCGACGAUUACUGCGCGCGCGCCGCCAGUGACUCCGAACAGCUGCGCGCGCGCACGCUGCGCGAGCCCGAUGCGGCUAGCCUUAUCACUAUGCUAGAGGAGCGGAACUCCCUGCUGGGCGGCGACGACGACGGCUCGGGCAGCGAGCUGUCGGCGAACCUGUGCGAGAUCGAAGAGUCCGACGCGGAGACGGAGCCCGCGCUGGGCGCGCCGCGACACACGGACGUGUGACGGCGGCGCGCGGCCCACGAGCCGCCUCCUGCGGGGCCCCGGGACCUGGCCCUGGGCCCCGCGCGGUCCUGGGCCCCGGCGCUGGGCCCCGCGCGCGGGCUCUAGCCCGCCUCCGCGACGCUCGCCUGCGAUAUGAACGCUUCUGUCGACUGUAGCUGUGUGAAUGCCGACUUACGACUAUUGUAAAAUAUUAAAGUUGAUACUUGUAAGUGACACUUUUGCCGAAGUAUGGAUGCUCGAGAAUAGAUUCGAUGCGACUCGUGUUGAAUGACAUCACUCAUGGGUAAAAGUUGGUUGUGAUUUUUAACCUACUCGUGUGAAACUGUUUUACAACCAAUCUCGUUGGAUUUUGCGAUUGCUACACAGGACACUUUAGUUUCAUGUUCAGAUUUUUUGUAUUUUGCAUUUAUUAAUGUAAUCAUUCAGUAAUCAUUCCAGAAAUAAUAACUUAUCCAUAAUAAGUCGUCCGUUGAACCGAUAUAUGAAAGAAUGUCUGUGAAUAUGAUGAAUGUAAAUUGUAUAUAUUUAUAGUCUGAUUCGUGUGUUGUUUUUUUCCUCAAGAGGUGUGGACAAAGGAGGUAUAAGACUUGUAUAUAGUAUUAGCACAGGUAUUAGCAUAUAAAUACGAACUAGAUAGGUGAUAUUGUAAAUAUUAUGUUUAUAAUAGUAAGAAGUAUACAUAUUUCUCUUCCUUUUCCGCGAUGUUUGAGCCGAGAUACUACGCCGCGCGCUGCCGGCGACUCUCCAAUACUCGACAGUUCCACAGACCGCGACUGACGCGAUCAGUGCGGCCCGACUAUGUACUGUACUGUAGCGAACCUGCUACUGUUUGGUUACUACCGGAUCUACCACCGGCUCUUCAUUUUAUACAAAUUGUAUCGGCGCGUUAGAUAGGGACACAUAUUGGUACGUGAGGACGUGCGAGUGUGGACGGCGAGGCUGUGGCGACACGUGGCGCCCGGUCGCGGGAAUAUAUUAAUGAAAUGGUGCUCCAAUCGUAGUUUCAUAUCAUACUUUAAAACUGUGCAUUUAAAAUGAGUAGCUGAUGCGUUCUCCUCCUAGACUAGUGUUAAGUAAGGGAUCUAUUUUUAUAUGUACAAAGAGAGACGCGGCGCUACUGUCUGUGACGGGCGCCGUGCCCGGCGGCGGGCGCCCGCGGCUGCAGCUGGCGCCCGCUGGCGCCCGCUCGCUGCUGGCCAUCUGUAUCUUUUUUUUAUAAAGAAAUGUUUAUAAAAUAAAAAUAAAUUAUUCAAUCGUUGUGUAAAUUUUGACACGACCAAUAAAGACUAACUGAAACAACUAA